UCUCUCUCUGUCUCACAUCAGAUCUGUUGGGGGCUGGUAAUUAAGCCAUUCACUAGGCCAGCUGUUAUAUAUUUAUAUAUAUAGGUAUUGUUACAGAUUGGAGGGCAGUCUGCUGGUUUAGUCCGUGUGUCAAUGAAGAUAAAGCUGGAGAGGAUUUGCUGCUGCUGCUGUCUGCAAUCCUAACAAUUCAGUUCCAAACUCCCGAACAGCUUCUCCUUCAGAACUGCAGUAGAAAGCCGAGGAGCUGAGCUCGAUUUUGGACUGGGAAGUGAAAGAUGUCCAGUGACAAGCAGGGAAUGAAAUCCAGCUCCUCCAUCGUGCCAUGCUUCAUGUGUGUGGAGUUGGUGAUAAUGGCAGGCACCGUGCUGCUGGCGUACUAUUUCGAGUACACUGACACCUUCCCCGUUCACAUCCAAGGCUUCUUCUGCUACGACAGGACGUUCUCCAAGCCUUACCCUGGCCCUGAAGAGAGCGGCAGAGUGCCGCCUGUGCUGCUCUACUCCUUGGUCACAGCAGUGCCAGCGGUCACGAUUUUGGCCGGAGAACUGUCUGUCUUUUUUCUCAGACCGGACGGUGCUCGUGAAAAGACCAUUGCGACGGGAGAUUGCUGCUAUUUCAACCCCCUGCUGCGCAGAAUUGUGCGUUUUAUAGGAGUUUUCUCGUUCGGUCUCUUCACCACCACGAUCUUCGUCAACGCUGGUCAGGUGGUCACAGGGAAUCAGGCGCCCCACUUCCUGACGGCAUGUCGCCCCAACUACACAGCGCUGGGCUGCCAGUCUGCCCUGCAGUACAUCACCGAUCGACGCCCCUGCACUGGCAACCCCAGCGUGGUGGCGUCCGCCCGCAAAUCCUUCCCUUCCAAGGACGCAGCUCUGAGUGUCUACUCGGCCGUCUACACCGUGAUGUACGUGACGCUGGUGUUUCAAGCGAAGGGCACCCGUUUAACCAAGCCCACGGUUUGCCUGACCCUCCUCUCCCUGGCAGUUCUGGUCGGGGUGAUCCGAGUAGCCGAAUAUCGGAACCACUGGUCUGACGUUCUGGCGGGCUACCUGACCGGGGGCUCCAUAGCCGCAUUCCUGGUUACUUGUGUGAUCAACAACUUCCAGAGCAGACGGGUGGAGCCCCUGAAGCCGGUGCGCCCCGAGCCUGUCGGGGGGGUGCCGAUGAUGUCACUGCCGUGCGUCGAGAGUCCACUCGAAAAGUUAAGUGGCGCGCAGACUCAGCGAGCUGCCGUCUCAGAGAUCACAUGAGCGACAGCCGUACCUCUACCCAGUCACUCCGGACGUGCUCCUUCCAUCGCGGUCCAUCUCCAGCGAGGUCUAGACCAGCCAUCAUCAGCCCGGCACCCUCCCGCUCUGCCACACCACAAACCCACGACAGCAGAGUCCUGGCCCGCAUCUCUCCUCUCGUCUGACCUGCACAGGAAAGAAACACAACCUCUCCACCAGCUUUCUUCAUUAGGGACGUGUUAAAUUCACCAGGGAAGCCAGGGAGUCUCUGUUAAAGAUAUCAGCAGGUGAUAGGACUAAGAGUCCCGUUGCACAGCAGUGCGAUCCAUUCCUGGUUUUACAUGACCCGAGCUUGACACCUAGACACUGUGGCUAAUCAAGCUGGUAGAAAAACCUGAAAUGGGUGAAACUGCUAUGCAGCUGGGGUCGCGUUGUCAUCCCCCGGAACUGUGCUGUAGAAUAUGUGCCAAAAAAUGAUUUUCUUUGACAAACGUUUCCUUUAGAAGUCUUUCUCAGAGAGUGGCUGCCCUGUUAAAGGCAUGGCAAGGAUUUCAUUUCUGAAACGUCCAUGUUGAGGCGCUUUGACUGUGCAUUCACGUGCUGCUCUUAGAUCUUUGCAACACAGGCCAAAGUGUCUUUAUAAUAACUAAGCGCCAGCACCAUCUAGUGCACAGCUAGUGUACUGCCAGCAAAACAAAAGGGAAGCUGAUCCACUAGGUGGCGUUGGCGCGCUCUUCUUUAAAUACAUUUGGCUGCUCAAAGCAACAUCUAUAGCAGGUAACUAGAUUGUGAAGAUCAGCUCCUGAACCCGAGGCAAAGCGUCUUAAUCAAAGAAACAAACAGUGGUUGAAUAAUUGCACGCUCGGAAUGAUUCCACACAUUAAAAAAACAAAUAAAAAUGAUAUGGUUCAGCGUUCAGAUUAUCAGCAGCUUUCUUGCCAUCUGUGUCACAGCUGAAAACAACUGAUGUAUUUAGCACCUCGUCCUUCCUUCUGUGCAGCAGCAAAAACGCAACAAAAAAAAAACAGGGUAAAACAUUCCACCUCUAGAGGAGCCGUGAGGCCGACCCUCCUGUCCGGAAAAUACGAACGCGCCCGACGCCAGGAAAGCAUUCCGCCCCCAGCCUCCGAAACAGGGUGUCAUCUUCUGCACUACAGAGCGAAUCCAACCUGCCAAAAACACCAGGGAAAAAAAAAACCCAUUCUACGCUGAGGAGAGUCCAGCCACAACGUAGCUGCUUCUCAGACCCUGCGGAAGAAAUGGCCAGAACUCCAGAAUCACAUUUCCAAAGC